AUGACUAAUAAAGAAAACCAAUUCAAAGUGUUGUCAUUUGUAUUGUUGCUAUUAUUUGUUAUUUCCGGACGUGGUGCAGGUGAGGAGGCUCUGGCGGCGGGUGGCGGCGGCGGCGGAGCGGCGGCGUGGGCCAAGGUGAGCGUGCGGCGUGCGCGCGAGGGGCGCCAAAGAGAAGAAAAGGUCUCCGGCCGGCCCGAGACGUGCAAUUCGCAGGAGGCGUCGCCGCCUUCCGGAGCCGGUGCUGGCGGCGGCGGCGGCGGCGGCGCGACGCCGGGGGCGGCGCCGCGGGCGACACCCUCCGCGCGGGACCCCGCCGCCCCUCCCGCCCUGGAACGGGUGCUGGAGCAAUUGGGCAUCCUGCCACACUCUUUUACUCAUAAGACGUCAAUCUCCAUUCCAUUUGCUUGGGCGCUGGCUCUUCUUCCUGAUCAGAAGCCCCACACCAGGUUAAACUACUUGUGUAAGGAGGCAGAAUCUGUUGAGUUACUGGGAGCUGCACGAGAUCAAAUCCAUUUUGUUUUGCGAGCAGCGAAAUACGUUGCUGGAACUGCUGAGACAAUGGGUGCUCUCCGCCUAGAAGCCCGUAUGUCUGGAUGGAUGGAAGCAUCUCUAACAUACGCCGAUAGUCUUAGGCAACAAUUGGAGACGGUUCGUUCUGAACAUGAAGAAUUACGGCGUGUGCUUUCAGAGUCGGGUGCCUCGAUUGAUAGCAAUUCAUCUCAGGGAUCUACCCGACGCCCUAUAUUAUCCAGUAAACUGCAGUUGAGCAGUCCACGUAGAGCUUCAAUUGCAGUCCCUUCACGUCCUGCCACAAGUGUUUCCCCUGGCACAGGUAUCAAGGAGCAAGGUCGACUAUCUCUUGCUUUUAUUCCCGGAUCCAACUCCCAGUCACCAGUUGUCUUGCGCUCGGCGCGUCGACCACUGUCGUCGACAUCAAGUGAUACCUCUGUUGGCGUGAGCAGUGUUGAUGGUAGUGCACCCAGUCCUCCCAUUGUCCCAGAGGACUUCCAGCCAUUAAUGGAAGAUACAGUCCAAACUCCAUUGGAAGAAGAUGCUGUAGAUCAUGGGAGUAGUGAUGAACCUAUACCACACCGCAACUCACAUCCCCGUCUUUCCAACGUUGAUCUUCCUGAGACAGAGGAUGCUCUAUCGGCACCUCAUCUUCGCAGACGAGAGAGUGCUGCACCUCCUUCUGUCACUACAAUGUGUCCGCCAAGCAUCACUCCUGUGCAGACAGCCAGGUCUUUGUAUCGCACUACUGCAGCUGAAUUAUUCGACUACAUAUGGCCUCCUGAUUUCUUUGUACUGGCACAGCAUGCUAGGUGGUUACUAGUGCGAAUUUUAAUUCUUGCUGCUGUGUGGUGUGUAGUUCAAGCCUUUAUUGCCCCUGCCGAUGCCCAAAUGCAGUAUUCUUCCUCUCUUUCCUUACAAGAAGUACAUGAAGCAGAUUUUCUUCAACUGUGAUUUGUGAAAUUCUUCACAUUAUGGUGAGUUUAUUGCAAAGUUGCCAUUUAAUUUGAGUUUGCGGGAUGUCAAACUUGUUGACUUGAAGAAAAAAUCAUAAAGAAGAUCCAAAUAAAUUCAAAAAGUCUAAACAGAAAUGGUAUUUUUUCAGGAAUGAAAUCUGCUACAGGAUGUUACAUCCAGUUUAAUAGUUAAUAUCAUGUUGUUUCAUUUAAUAUAGUUUAUAAUGACUCUAGUAUAUUUUAGUUUAAUAACUGAUAUUUUUGACAUAGAAUUCAAAAAAAAUUUCUUGCUCUCUAUAAUUUUCAUUUGUUGCCUUUAAUGUAUUCAUUGAGCAAGUUUUAAGAAUUUCAUUGCUUAAUUUUUUGAUAUUGUUGAAGUAUUCUGCAGGGUACCAUUUAAUUUGUAUCUUUACUUGCCCUUAUUUGCAGUAUCAAAUUGUGAAUAAUCUUGACAUUUCAAAAAUGGUAAAAUGGUUGUAGAACAUCUUUGGAGGCAAAUUUUUAUUUUAAGGAUGUUUAAAAUUUAAAUAACAUAUUUUUUAUAGAGCAUUAGGCUUACUUUAAAGUUGUUACAAUAGAAGAGCAAUAUACAUAACAUUUUGUUAUUUUUAAAUUUCAUUUGAAAGAAACAAAUUUUCUUGCUGAAGCAAAAAAAGGGAAAAAUUAAGGUUUCCUUUACAUUUAUUUGUAACCAAAAAAUCUGUAAUUACUUUCUGUAGCAAGGUGUUACUUACACAUUGCAGAAUUGCAAAUUAAAGAAUAUCAUUUUAAGCAAUUAAGGCAAAAUUUCAUGAUUAUUUUAUGUAACUACAGCAUAAAACCUUAGGAACAAGAAGACAUUUUGAUGUAUAAUGAAAUUCAAUUUUGGAUUUAAGUUUCUACCUACUUAUUUUAUUUUUGGAAAUCAUCAUCUUAAUUUAAGAGCUUAUCAUUGAUUUAUUCAAAACCAACACUUUCCUUACUUUUAAUGUGAGAUCUCUUUUUCAGUAAGCUUUUGAGGAACUUUCAUCACAAAUUGAAUGAAUCUCAAAAUUCUCUCUGAAACAAAACUUUCAUAUUGUUGAAAUAUUAUAAAGGAAUACUUCUAUAAAUUACUAAAGUGGUUUUAGGGCAUCGGGCAAGAAUUUAUUCAUUACAAUAAUCUAUGUGCUGCAGCUUGCGUCUCCAUCCACUUCUCUCUUCCCCAGCCUCCUGCUUUACCCCUCCCCUCUCUUUCUUCUACCUCUCCUCACACUCUGCCACCCAAAUGUUUUUGUCCUUAGUAGCACUGCUCUGCCUCUUCCAUCUCUCCUCUGCCGCCCCUCCAUCCCCCCGUGCUUCGCCCCUCCUUCCUUCCCCUCCCUCUCCCACCUCUCCUUUCCUCCUCCCUUCCCUCCUCCUCACCACUCCCUUCCCCUCACUCAUACACCAUUCCUUUCCUUUCCUUCUCUUCCUCCUCUCUUCUCUCCAUCACUCCUACCUUCUCUUCCUCUCGCUCCUCUCUCUUCUCUUCCCCGCCCUCUUCCUAGUCUCCCCCUCCCUUUCCUUCCUGAUCCCAUCUCUCCCCCUAUCCUCUCCCUCGCCCCUUCCUUCCUUUCUCUC